AUGGCAGACAACAGAUCCCAUCAAGAUUCCACCGGCCAGAAUAGAGACACACAAGUGGAAGACAAGGCAAAAUCCAAUCAAGAAUCAACCAAACUGGAUUCAGGUGUGACACCCACAACAAACCAAACCGGUGCAACAUCCACCUAUACCAGAAGGACGAGAAGCACUGGUACCAGGAAAAGGAAAGUAUUCAAAGACCCAACUAUCCCACAUUUUGGCCUGGGUAUCUUCUCCAGUCAGGAAGACAGUUACGAGACAACCCAGGAGAAGAAAACUGAGGAAGACGAUUCAGAAAAACAAUUCAAUGAGCAUACCAAAGAUGAUGAUGUUCUAGUACCAGCUCCAGUUGAAGAAACGAAAAAUCCCAGUCAUUCCAUUGAAAAUAUCACAAGAAGUGUCGAUUCGGAUAAAGAUGUCGAUGAGACUAUCGAAGCUGAAGAAUAUCCAGUACCAUAUGCACUCAACGAAACAAAGCAUCCCACUCCUUCCAUCGAUGAAAUCAUAAGAAGGGCCAGUGCACCAGCUUCAAAAUCAUUAAGUGAUACCAGAAAUUUAGAGAUGAUUGCUGCUGCUGCAGAACAAGUUGAAAAGAACUCCAAGGUGGUUGAAGCAGUCCCUAUAAGCAUAAUUCCACUCGAUUGGAAUAUUGCUUCUACCACGGGUGGUCUACUGAUGCUGGAGAAAAAUGAGUGUACCACGCCACCGCCUGCAAUCUCAAAGGAAGCUGAUGAGCUUGAUGAUGAGUUAACAAAGACAGUGGAAAAGAUCCUCAAUGAAAAACCUAAGAGGAGAAAUCUAGCAAGAGUCCGUCAAUUGCCUGAACGGUUGAGGAAACUCUUGUUUGAAUUUGGAAAAAUAGUUUGGGUAGACAGGACAACAUUCUAUUCCAUGAGGGAAGGGACAUGGAUAGAAAACAGCAUCAUAGAUGCUUGGGCUGUCAUUCUAAACAAAGAAGAAGGCAUAGAACUGGUCAGUACUCAAUACACCUUCACAGAGGUCAAGCUACCAUCGCAUAAGGACAAAACGCCGAAUGGAGAAGAUUGUGGAAUAUACACAAUGCAUCACAUGGAGCGGUAUAAUGGUGGUGAGUACAAGGAUGGUACUACUUUGGAUUUCAACACAAGAAACAUCAAAGACUAUCGGUGGAAAUACAUGAUAAGAAUCCUAAUGCACCCAGUCAACAAAAAUAAGAACAAAAUCCUCGAAGCAAUGCACCAGUUCUAUACAAAUACUGCUGAAGAAACAAAAAAAAAAUUCCAGAUCAUGUUGAUUUGA